UCUCCCACCCGUCACUCCAGACCGGCUUUCGCUGCCCUCGACUGAACCGCCUGUCAGCCCUGUAUCUGUUGCCAGCCAGUCAGCCUUCUUUGUGUCUGUCCUAUCCUGAGUACCUGCUCUCCUCCAGGCGCGUGAGCAGCCAGCGUAUCGCCUCGGUGGUAGGUGGCUUGCUGCUCGCCAGCCUGUCGUACUUGCUAUUCACAAGCGAAUAAACGUGUCCAAUAAGCUGGCUAGCUAGUUAGCUGGAGUAGAGCUUUAGCUUUGAAUUCGUAGCUCUGAGUGUGAAGGGAGACCGGAAUCUCGAACCGGACGAACAGUAGUGAGGUAUUUGCUGUCCAUUAACGCGCGGCGGUGGUCGGCGGUUGCCGCCCUGCAACUGGGUGUAACUCGCUUAAUUCUCUCCGGGAAGCCGGUCGGAUAACAAUCGAUCCGUCCAGGUGGUAACGGUAGCUUCGGCUGCAGCCAUUCCUCAUCGCGUACGAUACGUGCUGUGUGCGCCGCCUUCAUUGUAGUGACCCGCGGAUAGUCCUUCGCAUCGAAGUUGUGUUUAACACGCCUAGACUUGCUGUAGCUGCUGUGCACCUGCUUUUUGUGGUCAUAAAGCCAGACGAAAAUACAAAAAGUCAAGAGACAAAAGGAGGAAACAGUUCAAGAUGUUUGCCGGUUUCAGCUUAAAGCCUACGAUGCCGUCGACAGGCAGCUUCUCGCAGCACCUCCACUCUGGCUAUUUCCUACCAACGCUACGGGUGUGGCAGCAAAGCAGCACACAGCUACGUCCCGAGAACCUUAUGUGGCCCUUAUUCAUCACUGACUCACCAGACGCCGAAGAGUCGAUACCCAGUAUGCCUGGAGUCUACCGAUACGGCGUCAACAAAAUAGCGGAUGCGAUCCGCCCUGUCUAUGAAUUAGGCCUCAAAUCGGUUCUGCUGUUUGGUGUCGUGGGCUUUGAGGGGAAGGACACAGAGGCGUCGCUCAGUUCAGAUCCUGACCGAAAUCCAGUUCAUGGUGCAAUUCGCGUUAUUCGGUCAAGUUUUCCUGAUCUGGUGGUCGCUUGCGAUGUGUGCCUUUGCGCUUAUACGUCGCAUGGACACUGCGGAAUCUUGUCUCAACAGACAGGUGUUAUCGACAUGGAGAAAUCUGAUCAGAGGUUAGCUCAAAUGGCGCUAAGCUUUGCGAGGGCUGGAGCACACGUCGUGGCUCCCAGCGAUAUGAUGGAUGGCCGUAUUCUAGCGAUAAAGGACGCCUUAUUCAAGGCUCAGCUGGGUAACACGGUGUCGGUGCUUAGCUACUCGGCAAAGUUUGCUUCCUGUUUUUAUGGACCAUUCCGGGACGCGGCGAAAAGUGCGCCAGCUUUGGGCGACCGUAAGAGCUACCAAUUGCCACCUGGAGCCAAUGGAUUAGCAAUGCGGGCUGUGCAAAGGGAUAUUGAACAGGGUGCCGAUAUGAUUAUGGUUAAACCCGGUAUGCCAUACCUAGACCUAAUUCGUCAGCUCAAGGACAAGUUUCCCCACUAUCCUAUGUUUGCAUAUCAGGUGUGCCGAGAGGUCUUGGGUCUGCGGCGCGACAUUUUCCUAAAAAAACCGUUUCUCGCGGCACUCCUAGAUUUUUCGAUAUUCAAGCCCGGCGCUGUCGUUAAGCGUCAUAUUAGACGGCUGACUGCCAUCACGAAACGAAAUGUGUCUACACCCGGAUUCGAACCUCGACCGCCACGUGUCCCGGAGACUAGCGGACAAAUGCGUUGCCCCACGGGGACUAUAUAUUACCCCAUUUUUAUGUACAGUACUUAAACCUUAGGCAUUACUUUAGAUAGCUGACUUCCAGCACCUUUUGUGGCUGUCUGGAGCGUGAUUUGUUAUUGAUCUAAAUCUUCCCUGAUUUCUUUUCACAGGAAUUUGCCACAAUGUCGAAAUGAUACAUGUAGGUAUUUAUUAUCAAAAAAAAAAAAAAAAAAAAAAAAAAAAGCUAAAAUGUAUCUAGCUUCUAGUGAUAUCCCAGCAAUAGAAUAGACAUAUCAAAUAUUUGUGUUCAGUAUAAUAUAUGUAACUAUUUAUUAAAAAGAAAUUGCAAGAAUAUUUAGAAGAUCGCUAAACGUAUGUGAUGUCUCAACUACAGAGUCAAUACAUCAACUAAAAAAAACACAAACUCAUCAUUAAGUGUUUUUUAUAUCAGUAAAACCUGUAGCUAUUUACUAGAAAAAAAAAAAAACAAGGAUGAAAGUACGCAGGUUUUGUUGAAAUCCCGGAACUUGGGUUAAUAUUUAUUUUAUAUGAUCUGUGUAAAAAAAUAUUUAAAAAACGUUAAGCCUUGGGACAUCUUAGAAGGAAAAUAUAUGGAUCAGCUGACUCUAUCAACAGUAACGUCCGUCAAACGAUUCGAUUCACGUAUUUAAUCAAGUGUUGUCCGCCGACCAAAGUAUUCAGGCGCGUUCCAUAAACAGAAUAAAUCAACCAUCAGUAAAAAAGGCCAGUGAUCGUGUCAUAAAAAAGUUUACAUAGCAUGAAGUGUCAAAGUCCCUUAGCGAGCGUGUCAGAAGAGGCUACUGAAAUAACUGCGAAAAGCUAACGAGUUAAGUGGGACGGGUAAGUGCAACGGGAUCGCUAGUGGUUUACUUUAUAGCUUACAUUAGGUUGAAUGCAAUAUCACUGAAUCUGAUUAUUAAAUUAGAUACAAGGCAAAACCUGGUUAGGCGUUCGCCUAGUUGCUUGCUUUUAGUAGACCCUUUAGUGGAAACUGGUUAAGCUGAUUGUCUCCGUGUCAAUAGAACAUCAUUCUGGGAAGAUCCGCGUAACAGUGAAGCUUAUUAAACACAUACUUUUAUAGGGGAAACUUCUUUCCAACUUAUAAUGUAAUGUUAAUCCGCCGCAGUGAUCGGAUUCGACAUUAGCUCGGCGGAGACUCGGACGCUGACCGACGCAACUUAGCACUCAGAACGAUUAGAUCCGACUUCAGUAUGACUAAAGUGCUGCAUCCGAAUUGUGUCGUGUGAAAACGGUCACAAAAGAGACGUUGCGUGCUGGUCAUCUAGUCUAACUACUCUCUAUUAUCAUUUUUUAUUAGCUUUGUAUACCGGUUAUUUGAACGUGGUUUUAAUCAAUGAUCAAGCAGAUCGUCAUGUAAUACUGAACGACUGAAGGCGUUAAAGUUGCAUACCGAAGGGGCAAAUCUAUGCGAUACGUUCGGAGCCUCUAAAUCUACUUGUGAUGCCCAAGUAUGGCAGACAUACAAACCCGCGAAGAAACUGCAAAGUUACUAAAUCAAACAUGCGUUGAAAACUUCAUAGUAUUCAUAUGCAGUACUUCUUUUGGGCCAGAUAUUUGUUGGAAAUAAAUUCGACACAUACGUCAGACUGCAAAAAUGUAUAAAUAAUAAAAGCCAUAAAUUCGAAUACUAGCGACAUGUACCUGGCUUAUUCUAAAAUUAGAUAAUACUCUUCUUGCUUACAUUUUACAUAAAUACUACCUCUUUUGGCCUUAUAAUAUAUUGUAUGAACUAUAUAGGGACUAUGCUGCUAUGUGUUGCACAACUAUAAUAGGUGUGGAAAAGGAGCUCCGCGUUUGCAGACUUUUGGCUUUCUCUGUGUGUGUACGCGUAUAUCUGCGAAAACAGGGAAUAGACUUGAACCGCGUGUUAGAAAACAGCGUUAUUUGUAUUAAGAAAAAAAAUAGUGCUAUGUAUAAACACGUACAGACAAGCGUGAUAUAAUCGAAAAUUGAUAACACAAAAAAUGGUUUAAGUAAAUCUAGUUUAAUAUUUGAGUUAAGAUAUACCCGAAAGCCAUUUUCACUGCCUAAUCAAGGGGAAUCUUAUAUGGGUAGAUAACAAAAAGGUAAACGCUAAAGUUAAAAAACAUUAUACUAAGAAGUACUUGAUUUCGCCAAUGUAGCGCCAAAAGUUAGGAAAUUGUAUAGGCCCCAUGUUUCGCUUG